AUCUUGGAACACAACAGACGACACAGUACGUGCGCAACACAAUAGGAAGGAAAUAGAUUUGACCUCCCUACCUGGACUAAAUAGCCUAUCAUUUAACUUCAUGCAGAGGGAAAUCACCUGUGAAUAUUUAGUCUCUUUCAGUCAGUGCCUCCUAAAUACUUUAUCUUGGAACCUUAUGAUAGUGUUAAUACCUACCAGCAAGUUUUAUACCAGGUUUACUGGGUCAUUAAGGGAUAAGUCUUAAAAUUUGACUUAUACUGAAAUAUUAUCAUUUAAAAACUGGACAACGUUUUAUGUACUUGCCCUGCAGGUGUUGCUCUGAAAGUGUGGUGUUAGGCAGAAUACCUUUGUAAACAAACUUGAUUUGCCAUUUAAAAUAUUACCUGGCUGUGUUUUUCAGUGUAUGUAGUACAGCCGUGCUGUGCAUUGUGGUUUGUUAUUCUAGACAUUGAUUUUCCCUUCAGGAGCCUCAUGUUUCUGUAAAAACAAGGCAGAUUGAGCUAGGUUGAUCAUGUGACCAGCUUAGGAUGAACUGGGAUGGCUGAUAAAGGCCCUGCUAGACUGAGUGUGUAGUGUUAUAGUUAGGACAUAUACACGGAGCUGAGUAAUCUGUAGUGUUUACACUUGUGUGACACAAUGGUUAACUUUACACACCAAUAAAUUGGACACUCGCAAGGAGAAACAAUGGUGUCUGAAUGUUAAGACAGUGAUUCUCGGAGAGGAUUAUAUAUUUGCUGUUUGUGAAGUGUGUUAGCUUUUAUUACAACGUUUGACAAAGGAGAUUCACGAUUUCUGGGGGUGGUUGGAAUCAUUAAAUAAUGACUUCUGGUGGGGAAUGGCAGUCCCAAGUGGCAGCAGAGCUUCAGAUAGCUGUUCAGACGGAGAGUGAUCCCAGUGGAGGUUGGAUGGCAGGAAAUCAAGGUCCACCCUCCCUGUCUGUAGUGACCACGGUGUGGGGGAUGACCCAGUCUACACAGAGUGGCCCUUUCAAUCAUAGUACACCUGGAUCAGGAUACACAAACACCACCAUGUCCUCAACCAACUAUACCCAGCAGCCACAAGGAUUCACAGGAAAUCAGAUGCCAAAACCUCCAUACAACAUGGGACCCAUCACGAAUAGGAGGGACUCGGGAGGCUACAGCAGACCAGGGUAUCCCCCUACUCCCAACACACCAGGCUCCAACACUCCAAUAUCAGGACACGGUGAUUAUCCAGGGGGUCCAGGAAUGCCACAGGGCAACCCAGCUCUCUCUGCAGCUCUGGUGGCAGCAGCAGCAACAGCAACGGCAACCGCCACAGCAACUGCAAGUAUGGUGGCCAUGCAAGAUCAGCAACAGCAACUCAAUAUGCAGAUGAAUAUGACUGGACAUUACCCACCACAGAUGCCUGUUCAGGGUCAGUAUAAUCAAUAUCAAGGGAUGCCCCAAAGAGGAGGACAUAUGAACAUGGAUCCUGGGACAGGUCCAGGUCCAAUGAUGAAUAAAGGCAUGUAUAUGCGUCGUCCAGCCCCCUAUCACAAUCCACAAAUGGUGAAAGGAAGGCAGGUUCCUGGUGGUCAGCAAUAUCCAAAUGGAACGCAGUAUGGCCCACAGUAUGUGAACCAACAACAAUAUCCCAAUAAACCUCAGUACCCUCCAGCACAGCAGCCUUUACCCUCCCCUACAUAUGUUUCUCAGCAACCAGGAAUGAGGCCCACUGCUCCACCUCACUACCCAAAUGGUCAGAACCCAUACAUGACAGGCCAGUAUCCUCCUACACAAGGACGACAGCUCCCUGCUCAGGCCCCAGGGUAUGGUCCCUCCCCACAGUACAACAAUGGACAGCAAAACUUGCAGUCCUCCAACAUGAAUUAUCCUCACUCACCACUACCUGGUAACCCUACCCCACCCAUCACACCAGGAGCAGUGCAGUCUCCAUACCCAGGGCAAAUGCCAAUAAAAAAAGAUCCUGAAGAGUUACGCCUGACGUUCCCUGUUAGAGAUGGCGUGGUCCUGCCUCCUUUCCGCCUGGAGCACAAUCUGGCAGUCAGCAACCAUGUCUUCCACCUCCGAGAUUCUGUAUAUCAGACGCUUAUGUGGAGAUCUGAUCUUGAGUUGCAGUUGAAAUGUUUUCAUCAUGAAGAUAGGCAGAUGAAUACUAACUGGCCAGCAUCAGUGACUGUUAGCGUAAAUGCUAAUCCACUGAACAUUGAGCGUGGAGAGAACAAGACUUCACACAAACCACUAUACCUCAAAGAUGUCUGCCAGCCUGGCAGAAACACCAUACAGAUCACAGUCACAGCAUGUUGUUGUUCUCAUUUGUUUGUUCUUCAACUGGUUCAUCGUCCAAGCGUGCGGUCGGUUCUUCAGGGUUUGUUGAAGAAACGUCUUCUACCCGCAGAACAUUGUAUCACCAAAAUCAAAAGAAAUUUUACGAGUGUAACCAGUGGCAACAGUGUAAAUGGUGAGGAUGGAGUUGAGCAGACAGCUAUUAAAGUAUCACUUAAAUGUCCUAUCACAUUCCGGCGGAUUAUGCUGCCUGCUCGUGGCCAUGAGUGUAAACACAUACAGUGCUUUGAUCUAGAGUCUUAUCUCCAGCUGAACACAGAAAGGGGUUCCUGGCGAUGCCCAGUUUGUAGUAAAACAGCAUUAUUGGAGGGUUUGGAGAUUGACCAGUACAUUUGGGGUAUACUAACAAAUCUUCAGACCACAGAAUUUGAGGAGGUUACCAUUGACCCCAUGGCAGCUUGGAAACCAGUGCAGCAUAAAACUGUGAAAGAGGAAGACACUGGAGAUAACUCUUGUGGUAGUCGAUGGGGUAAGGCUAUGUCGCCUUCCAGCAUGCAGCUACCCACCAUGAGUACAUGGGACUUGACAGGAGGCAGGGGACAAGCUGCAUCACCCUUCACCAUGACCUCAGGCCAAGGAUCACAGUAUCCAGGAAUGCCCAGUGAAAGCAUGCCGAAUGGCCCAGUUGGUACAGGUUAUCCUCUAGCAGGUCCCUCCCCUGACUAUAGUUCUCCACUCACACAAAUGACGGAGAGUAUAAACAAUAUCAGUAAUGGAAACUCUAUGAACAGUGUGAGUUCUAUGAAUAAUGUGCCACAAAGUGACUCUUCUCAAAUGACCCACAAUUCAGGACAGUAUGUUCCAGUGUCAGGAGACCAAGGCAUACCCAUUUUAAGGCAAUCUGAUCAAAACAAUAUGAACAGUCGCAUGACUCCCUCCAGCCAAUCAUCGCAAAGCAUGAGUAAUGGCAGCAAUCAACUUGAUCACCAGUCUCCUCCUAGCAGUCAGAAUCACGCAUCAGUGGCAGAUACUUGCAAUUCAAUAGAAGAUAUCAAUUUGGAUCCAUCUGCCAUUAUGAAUGAUAGUCAAAGUACCAACUUGGAUAUCCAGCUAGAAAAUUUUGGUGAUCCUAUUGAACUAUUAUCAUAUCUGGGACCACCAGAGAACUCGGCAAGUGACUCACCUGGAACACAGCAUACAAACACGAGCAACAGUAAUUCAACGUCCACAAACAAUCAAACCUCAGCCAGUGCCAAUAGCAAUAAUGAUGACUUGUUGGCACUGUUUGAAUAGCAAACAGCAUUUCAUAGUGUGAUUUUUUAAAAAGUAUUACAAGAGCUGUUGUGACAGGAAGCACACACGACAAGAACCAAGGAAGGCUUGUCAGUGACUCAAAGGCCAGUUGUACAGACCUGCAAUGCUAAGGAUUAGACUGGAAGGAAUUUUAUUUCUAUACAUGUUUUAUCCUAUAUUUAUUGAUACUGAACAUCAGCUUGCCUGGAUUGGUGUUAUUUUUCUUCUGACACUUUAAUUUGGUAGGUGACAGUCAUUUGUUGUCAUCCUCACCUUAAAUUUGUGCAUGAAAAUGUAGCCUCUUGUGGGCAGCACUUGAAGAUGAGUCAUGUGAUAUUGACAUGUAUCUGAUUUGUUAACAUUUUGUCAGUUGUCCAAUGUGACUUUGUUUGGUCAGGCUCUCUUUGGGGUCCCUAUAAUCUUACGUAUGGAUCUCCAUUGUGAAUAGGCAGCAUAUUACAUAAAAGAAAAGUGUGUCCCUUGGAUGAGCUUUGUAUGUUCUUAAGGAGGUUCAACCUUAGUUUCUGUCUUUUUUUUUUAAUACUCUCAAUACCUUAUCUCUGCUCAAUGUGUUAUGCUCAUGUGUAAUUUCACAAAUUUUCAACAGCAAAAUUUGUUCUCAUCGUGAUCUUACUUUGAAAAUCAGUUUCUAAAAAUCCUUUUUAUGAGUGGAGCCUCCUUAUUGUAUAAUUAUCUGUAUUAAUUAGUUGUCUUCCUUACUUUUACUUCAAAGAACACUACAUGCAAUACAAAUUAUACAUGUAGGUCUGUUUGUCAUAUAGCAAAAGCUGAAGUGAAAUACGUCAGCCUUUUUGUAUUGAAAAUAUGUAUUGUUAUGUUUUCUUCUGUAAAGUCACUUCAACACAAGGUUAAACUAGGGGACACUGUGCAACAUAUAUAAGUAUGCAGAUUCAGCACAGAUUAUAACCCGGAACGCAAGUUGAUAUACAGUAUUAUUUAAUGCAAGGGCAACAUGCAAACAUUUUAAAGCAAUCUACCUUGUUUUUUUUUUCCAUGAUAUAUUUGGCAAAUUUUUCAUGUGCAAUACAUGCAUCAAGUGAAGGAAACUUCCACUGUUCAUACUAUCUGGUGUUGUAAAGUUCUCAGAAAUUUCAGGUUGACCAAAGGACAAAGCCGUUUGAUUGUACAAAGAAUUAGGGAAAUGUAUCCUUGACUUCUCCAUGACAAAGGUUUUCGUGUACCAAUGUACAUUUCAGGUACACCUUAGCAAUCCAUGGGGGACAUAUAGAUCUUGUGGCAAGUUGUUUUAUAAUAAGAUAUUGAUUGUUUUAAUUUAAUUUUGUAUAAUAUUUAUUAUUAAUUAUUAAGAUUUCAUGUUUAUACGAAAUUAAACCAUGUCCAUGGCAAAUAUUC